AUGGGAGGGCUUCUAUCCUCACCUAAAACUGACAAAUACAAUGAAACUGGUUGUGGCAAUGGACUUCGAUACGGGAUCUCCAGCAUGCAAGGCUGGCGUCUUUCAAUGGAGGAUUCUCACUGUGCCAUAACACAACUUCCUGGGAAUCUUAAGGAUUGGUCGUUUUUUGCUGUUUUUGAUGGCCAUGCUGGUGCCUUGGUAUCAGAACUCUGUGCCACAGAGCUGUUGAAGUGUAUUGUGGAUACUGAGGAAUUCAAGAAAAUCAAUCCUGACUUGGCACCUAGUUUACAAGAAGUAGAACGUGGCAUUCGCGAUGGUUUCUUAUCUUUGGAUGAUCGUCUUCGACACCUUCCUCAACUUGCUAGCGGUGAAGAUAGAUCAGGAUCCACUGCUGUCUGUGUGCUCAUAACACCUAAACAUAUUUUCUUUGCCAAUUGUGGCGACUCUCGUGCCAUACUCAUUCGAAAAGGUAAAGUUGCCUUUGCUACAGUUGAUCAUAAACCUGUAAAUCCAAAUGAGAAACAGCGUAUACAAAAUGCCGGUGGUUCCGUUAUUAUACAACGAGUAAAUGGUUCUCUUGCGGUUUCUCGAUCAUUAGGGGAUUAUGCCUUUAAAGCUGCUAAAGAUUUAGGUCCUACGGAGCAACUUAUAUCCCCAGAACCUGAAAUCACUGUUGUUGAUCGUGAUAAAGAUUUAGAUGAAAUUAUCGUUUUAGCCUGUGACGGUAUUUGGGAUGUUUUAACUAAUGAAGAACUUUGUUUACUUUUGCAAAAUCGCAUGCGAUGUGUUGAUGACUUAUCAAUGAUAUGCAAUGAAACUAUUGAUAUGUGUUUGUAUAAAGGGAGUUCCGAUAAUAUGAGUAUGGUUCUAGUGGCAUUUGAUCCUGCUCCUCGAGUAGAUCCUACUUCUAAAACGGAAGAUGAAAAUUUAGAAUCUGUUUUAGUACAACGUACUAAAGAAUUUUUGGAAAAGCAUAGCAAAACUGAAGUAACAACUGAAAUGGUUGUAGAAGAUUUACAAGCAUCCGUUGGCAGUUUGCCAUCUUCUGGAAAUUGGCUUUGCAAGAUUGGCAAAAUCCAAGAACUGAUUGAUUCUCAUCGUCUGGCUCAUUCAAAUCGUGGGAUUGAGAACCGAUGAACUCAUAUACUCUCUUAUCCUUCAUUCUCUCAUCUUUUUUAUUCUUUCUUUUAAAUGUAUCGACUGCUUGUGUUACGUUUAUGCUUUGUAUGUAUGUAUGGGUGUUUGUAAAUAUGAUGAAUAUACUUGAGCUAAUCUACUCUUGUCUGAUUUUCAUAUGCUUAAAUGAAUAUUCCUAAAUUGUUGCUUAUAGAUCUAGUCACUCGCUGUUUAAUCAAUUGAUGGAAAGUUGCUAAUGAUGAUACUAUAGGGUUUGUACAUUUCAUCUUGUUGAAUUAUAUUCAUUUCCAUUUGCAAUCAAUAUUUCCG